CCAGGGGACAGGUUUCAUGGAAACCGAGGUAAUAGGAGAGUCCAAACUCGUGGAUAGCGGGGACGUGGACGUGGAUAUGGUCAGAAUUUUCAGAAUCAACAAGGCAAUUACGUCUAGAAUUUUCCACCGCCACAACCCGGUUAUGCUCACGGCUCUCCGUGGUCAAUUUCAGUCGGGAAACUCAGGUUUUCCGUAUGUGGAUAAUUCUUAUCAAUCACAUCCGCUCCCAGUUGUUUGUCAAAUAUGUUUCUCCCCAGGUCAUUCGGCUCUUACAUGUUCUCGGUUUCUGGCUAUGUCGACCCCAGCUCUGGCUGAUAUUCCUUCACGCGAAACAAAUAGCUCUGUGUGGUAUCCUGAUUCGGGAGCAUCGGCUCAUAUGACACCUCAUGAAGGACAAUCAGACGGGGGUGCAUCUACUUCAGGCUUCCAAUAAAGAUCAUCUCUAUCCAUUUCAUGCUCUUCAGACUACCCUUGUUUCUGG